AUGGCAGCUCGACAGUCAACACCAGCCUCCGAGCACUCCCAUUCCGAUAGCAAUGUUCGCAAGAGAGUCUGCAAGGCCUGCGAUCGCUGUCGCCUAAAGAAAUCCAAGUGUGAUGGAUCCAGUCCCUGUUCACGGUGUCGCGCCGACAAUGCAAUCUGCGUCUUUGGCGAGCGCAAGAAGGCCCACGACAAAGUGUACCCGAAGGGAUACGUUGAAAUGCUCGAACAGCAACAAUCAUGGCUCGUCCACGGUCUCCAAGAAUUAUACCGCCGCAACAUCGAAGGCGAAGGCUGGCCCGGGGAUCAUCUCAAGCUCGAACCCAACGGCAAUCCCCUCACGCACGAUCUCCUCAUGCGCCUCGGCGCCCUGGAUAGCAGCAAAGGCGAACGAUUCGAAGAAAGCCCCGAAACCCUGCAAACAGACCUCUGGCACACGAACAGCGGGAUGCAACGACAAGAGUCCUCCGACGGCGGAUCCGAGAGCGCACAAUCCCCCGCCCGCUCACGCUUCUCCGAUGCCUUCUCCCACAUGCCCCCAACACCACCCACCUACACCAGCAGCCCGACGCAGAUCAAGAGCGAGCAGAUGCCCAGUACGCCCCAGUAUGCGGCGCCGAUGUCGAUGCAGGGGGUGGUGAACCCGUUGGCGUUACAGGAUCCGCCACAGUGGACGGGACAGUUCCAUCCGUUCGAUGAGAUGGAUUUGAUGCCGGAGUAUGCGCAGAUGCCGUUUGAUGAUCAAUUGUCGCCGAUGUUUAAUCGUCAGAUGCCGGCGAAUUGUCUAUCGCAAGGGUCUUAUCUCGAGCCGAAGAGUGAUUAUGAGGACUUUAAUCAGUUCUUGAAUCCCAAUCCUACGGAGAUUACUUCGAUCUAG